AUGGCUGGGAGAGGGGGGGUGAUGUACCAAGUAUGGGAUGAACUUGUCCCUCCCGAUUGCUCGUCCGACCACAGAAUUCUCCGACUGAACGAAAAUUCCGAGUUGGAAGUGGCGAAAGAGCCCCUCCAUGCCGGAAUUGAUGUAAACAAGACUUGUGGGAUCGGUCCAGGGAUGGCGUUUGCCAAUGCCAUAUUGAGAAGAGUUCCAAAUUUUGGGACUAUAGUUUUGGUGCCUUGUGCUGCCGGAGGAACAAGCAUUAGAGAGUGGUCAAGGCGCAACAGUGUCCUGAGAAGCAGGAUGAUUGCGAGAGCUCGUGAAGCUCUUAGGUAUGGUGGAAAGAUUCGUGCGAUUUUGUGGUAUCAAGGGGAAAAAGAUACAGAGACUGAAGAAGCUAUUAAUCUGUAUCCAGGAGAAUAUCGGCUGUUUAUUGAUAGUCUGUACCAAGAGCUGAUUCAUCCUCAGGUUCCUUUCAUUCAGGUAGCGUUAGCAUCGGGUCAAGGAGAUCCGAAGUGGCUUGAGAGUGUUAGAGCAACACAACUCGGAAUGGAGGAUAUGAUAACAGUUGAUGGAAUGGGGCUGCCUCUGCAACCAGAUGGGCUGCACCUUACCGCAAAAGCUCAGGUCCUCCUUGGAAAUAUGUUGGCUGAUGCAUUCUUCAACAGCCACACUAGAGUUUGA